AAUUUUUAGAGUAAGGAUGAACAACGAUUUUUAUCAUAUUGAUGGGGACAAGGACUUGUUGUCGGCGUUUUUGAACCAGGAUUCGAUACCUGAAGGUGAUAUGGACCCUGAUCAAAGUCCUAAGCAUCAUAUGCAGAAUUUGAAUUUUCUCUCAGCGUUUGAUUAUGACAGCAACAAUGGAGCAGUAGAUCUGGUUUAUAACCAAAUGAAGGAGAAGAAACUCCACCAAGUCACUAAAUUUGAUGAGGAUGAUGAUAAAUCUAGCUUGAAAUUAGCGCCAGAUUUAAAGGACAUCAAGGCAGAAUCGGAUGCAAGAAACGAAGCUGGGGACCUUUCAGGCAAGGAUCGUUCAAACUCGGAAGAAGAGAACAUUAUCAGAAUAAAUGAAAACAUGGAAGUGGAGCUACAGAAGGACCGCUCAGGGAUGGACACCAGUCAAGAUGCCGAUAAAGAGCAGAAUGGCAUGCAGGCAAGCAGCGACGGCGAGGGCGACGAAGAGUUUAAGAAGCCCAAAACUGCCAACAGUCGUAAAAGAGGAAGGCAGAAAUAAGCAAAAAUGGACAGAAAAUACCCAAGCUCGAAGAGAGAGGAACCGUAAAUCAGCCCAGCUUAGCAGGUUGAGGAAGAAGAACUUCGUGAAAUGACUUGAAGAUAAGGUGGCUGAUCUAGAAGCAGAAGUAAAGAGACAGAGGAUUAUUAUUGAGAACCAAAGAAAUCUUUCAAAGCUAUCCCAUACCUCUCAGGUUGAAACUAUGCAGCAAUUGCUCGGAGAGAGGCAAAUGCAGUAUGAGAAGUUGCUCUAUUUGCUUGAGAACAAGAGUAGCUUUGAUGAUAUUGAGAACCAAAUUGAAGCUUUAAAUAUACGUCAUGGCUCUUUUGGCAAGGAAAGGAAAAUAAUGCUUAAUAAAUUCUUUAAGAAUAUUAUUGACAAUGUGCUGCCGAACUAUGCUAAAUACCUUAUACAUGCAGCUGCCAAUGCUGAAGAGAAUGCUGGAGAAAAAGUUGAGAAAUUGAAAUAAAUUCAGCAAGUACCAGCUCACCGAGUUAAUGGAGAAAGGAGGUCUAGACGAAUGGGAAGAAAUUCUUGGCAUUCUCAACACCACCGCUGAGCAGAGGAGACAAAUUAUGGAAAUGAGAAAAGCACUCCAAUACUCCAGAAUAGAAUUUAAGGAAAUAGUCAAUGAGCUCCUUGAGAUGAAAAAGAAAAUUUUCAAGCAUAGUGGAAGGUUUGAGAAGGUAAUGGAUGAAAUGAGGAACAUUUUGAACCCUGAACAAGUGGGUAAGUUUCUAGUCUGGCUCGAAACUAAGAAAAACAAAGAUAGUCUUAACUCAUUUGAUUUAUGGGGGAUAACCAGGAUUCCCUUAGAGAAGAUCCGCCCUAAGGAUGAGCAGAUAGAGAUAGUCACCUCUGACCCAAGCUUAGCCAUCCCUAAGAGUGGUAAGACUAAGAGAAAAAGAUCCUGUAAGAGAAAAAGUAAAAACUUGCAGGCCCUUUUUGGACAAGGUGAAGGAAAAGAGGUUCAAGUAUUUAAUGACGGAGGUGGUCUUAUCGACUCAGAAGAGGAGCAUGACCAGCCUAUCAAUCUACUUUCUGAGUCAAAUAAUAUUAUAAAUCUUGAUUAAUGCAAAC